AUGCCUCAGCCUGAAGCCUCUGAACCAAAACAGCCUAAUCCUCCACCGAUGAGCUUUCGUGACAAAAUACUCCAAGGGAAGCGCUGGAUGGAAAAACCAAUGUUUGAGGAAGACCAUCCACUGGAGAUGUUAGAGGAUGAUAUAGUGUUUGAUAAAAGUGGGGAUGUCCCUAAAGCUUUGGUUUCAGAAAGACUUGAGCAACAAUUAGUGCAACCAUGGAAAGGGGUACUAGUUCUGAAGCUAAUGGGCGCUUCCAUUAAAUACAACCAGCUCUGUUCUCGCCUCCAUACUUUGUGGCACGAUACGAAAGGAUUUGCAGUGAUGGAUGUAGAACGAGACUUUUUCUUGGUGAAAUUCUGGAAUGAUGAAGAUGCAGCAAGAAUUCUGAGGAAUGGUCCAUGGAUGGUCAUGAACACCUAUUUCCAUGUGCAGCAAUGGAACAGUGCGUUUGAUGCAAACACUCAUGUGGUCAGAUCAAUGGUGGUAUGGGUAAGGCUCCCUAGUCUUCCUGCACAUUUCUAUAAUAACCAUUUCUUACACCGAUUAGGGGGAUUAUUGGGAAGAGUGGUUCAAAUCGAUCAUCAAACCACUGCUAGAACCAGAGGGAAAUUUGCACGGAUGGCUGUGGAGAUUGAUCUUGAAAACCCAAUUUGUACCCGCUUUGAUUUGAAGGGGAGAAUCCAGAAGGUGGAGUACGAAAAUUUGCCAUACUUGUGCCUCAUUUGUGGCCACUAUGGCCACUUGACUGGAAAAUGCCUCGCUCAGCUGCUAGCUAACCAAACACAAGAAGAUCGGGGGAAGUCAUUGGAGAUUUCGUCUGAGGCGGGUCCCAAUGGCAAAGUCAAAACCCAUGUGAAGCCACGACAAGACGAUUGGGUUCAGGUUACAAGGAACAACAAGGCGAGACCGUCAAGUCCCAAUCGCUCUGAGAAAGUCUCAAGGCCAACACAAGAGACCGGGUCCCACUAUGCGUCGCUUCUGGUAGAGGAAGUGGAGGAGCACGUUAGUGCACAUGACCCUCCUAUGGAGAAGUCGCCCCCUGAUCUGACAACCCAGCCGGCGUCGCCUGAGACGGUGGACGUGGAAGAAGAAGAGCAGUUACAUACGCCGGCGGAGGAUAGUAGCAGAAUGGAAGAGGACACAGGCUGGAGCAUAUUGGAAAAUCCAGAAGCCUUGUGGGUCAGAGCUUUCAGGAGUAAGUAUGGGCUUUCUACAAACCCAGGCCCAUCCGACAUGGCUACUGGGUCCAAAUCAAGAGUGUACAACUCUAUCAGAAAGGUUUGGAAACCAUUGCUAAAGGGAGUAAGAUGGGUCUUAAAUGAUGGGAACCAGGUCCGCUUUUGGAAGGAUUUAUGGACAUUGGGCCAGACUCCACUCUGUGACCUAGCUCUUGGCCCAAUCCCGGCAGACCAACUAGAGUGGAAAACAUGCAGAUUUGUAACCCAACAUGGCGGAUGGAAUUGGGAUAUGUUUGAGCGUCUCCUUCCAGCAACAGAAUUAAUGAAGAUCGCCACCACGAUGCCUCCGUCAAUCUCACGCGGUAGGGAUAGAAGAUUAUGGAUUCCGGCUAAGGGAAACGAUUUCUCAGUCACAUCGGUGAUGGAUGCUAACAACUUGAUGACUCCACAACCAUCAACGGGGUCUAAGUGGUCUUGUACCUUUGGUAUCAUCUGUUGGAUGAUUUGGAACUGGUGGAAUGAGAUUGUGUUCUCUGACUCAAAACCGUCAUGUACAAAAAAGCUCCGAGAGAUCUCCAAUAAAAUCAGAGAGGUCAACGCAGCUAUGAAAAAUACAGGAAGAAAGGAGUCCUCUGGUGUUGGAUUGGAACAAAAAUUAAUUGCCUGGAUGCCGCCAUUGGAGGGGUGGAUGAAGUUAAACACGGAUGGCGCCUAUGAUACGGUUACGGGCAAUGCUACGGCAGGUGGACUGAUUCGGGACCACUAUGGCAAUUGGAAGGGUGGUUCAAUGCCUCUAUUGGCUCCACAUCCAUAA